GCUACAGAUAUUGACUAUAUGAAUACUCUUAACACUGAUUAUAAUAAACAAGGAGGCGUUUCAACUAUAUCAGAUAUUAGCUCAGAUAUUGACCUUAUUGCAGAAGAAAUUGAAUCUACCACUUCUCGAGCACCAAAAAGAUAUCGUAAUUUAACAUCCAAAAAUUCUAAUAAAGAUGAUGAUCCUAAUUUUAUUACAAAAGAAAAACCAGUAUCUGAUACCGAACAUACUCAAAAUAAAAAAGAAAAAGAAAAAGAAUCUAGUGACAUUGAAAUCUUAGAAGAAUCGGAUCUUAGAGAACAAAGAAAAAAAGGAAAUAUGAAUGAAAAAACAGCAUAUGAUAUUAAACAUACUCAAAAUAAAAAAGUAAAAGAAACUUUUAUGGAAAAUGAGAGCAGUGUUGAAGAUGAAGAAAAGGAACCUAGUGACGAAGAUGAAAUUUUAGAAGAGUCAAAUAAUUCAAAACUCAGUGGACAAAAGAGGAAAAGAAAUAUGAAAGAAGAACAAGCAUCUAGUACUAAACGAACUAAAAAUAAAAAAGGAAAAGAAACUUUUAAACCAAACAUUGAAGGUAAUAUGGAAAAAGAGUGCAAUCUUGAAGAUGAAGAAAAAGUGCCUAGUGGCGAAGAUGAAAAAUUAGAAGAAUUAAAUAAUGAAAAAAUUAGAGGACAAAAACGAAAAAGAAAUAUGAGAAGAAAAUAA